GGAUGCAAGUAUUGAACGAGCUCCACAAGCGCAUUCUCUGUCUCCUCCGGGCUUCCCCGGGAACAAAAAUGAAUCUCUGCUUAAAUUCCUGCAGUAGAAGCAUGUAAAGUACCAGGAACACGUUAUACUCCCAUGGUUGCAAGAAGGUUUGCUUUUCGUUAUGCUCCUACGGUUGUUCUGGUUAUCGACUAUGAGUGUGCAGUUGAGAAGUGCUGCAAACAGCCUAUUCCCAGCUUUUACUUGAAUCUAAAGUUUUGGAGAUUAUUUUGUUUCAAGAUUCGGAGACAUUUUGAUGGUAAUUGUUAAUGCAGCAAAAAUAUUGUAGGGGGUGCUUUUCAGCCUUUUCACCGUGGCACCUUGGGAGCUGGGAGCAAGAGAUGGCUUGUUCAGCAAGGAGGGAUAAAAUACCAGGUCAACAGCUGAACUUGGGAUUUCUUAGUCAACAAUGUGUUACGAAGGCAUCUUCUGCCCAGCAACCACCUUUGAACAAAUGUGUAAGUAGAUGAGAUCAAUGAACGAAGCUCACCCCAGGCCCCUGCCAAAAUCUGACAGUAUGAAUUGGAGAACAAUAAUUUAUGUUAUUUUAUUGGUGAGCCUUAAUGUAGUCAAAGCCCUGCCUAGAAGUUAUCGGGACAUAGAGGAAAAAAACAGCAUUGGCCAGCGUUUUUCGCAGCUGCAGGAGAAUAACUUUAAAGCCAUUGCCAUGAUCAUGUUUGCUCAGUACGUGCCAGGAGGCACGUUCGGCAGAGCAGUGGAAAUGGCUGAAGACGUCACAGACCUCGCCAAAAGGUGCGCUGCCGCCGCCAGGGACAGCCCCGACUGCCUGAAGCCUUUGGACAGGAUUUUCCUCGAUACAAUAUGCCAGGAGGAAAAUCUUCCCAGGUUUACUGAUUGCUGUACUAAAAAGGAUCCUGAAAGAAAUGACUGCUUCCUCUCCCUUAAAAAUUCAUCAAGAGGGUUCAUUUCUCCUUUUGAAAGGCCAAACGCUGAAGCUGCCUGCAAAAAUCAUUCACAGCAUCAACAUCCACUAACAGGAUACUUUAUCUACGAGGUUUCCAGAAGGCAUCCUUUCCUCUAUGCCCCAACAAUCCUUUCUGUCGCUAUCCGGUAUGAUGAGAUGAUGAAGAACUGCUGCGGAAGUGCUGAAGACCCCACUCGUAACCUGGAGGAAUGCUUUCGCAGACAGGCACCAAAGGUGAUGAAGCCAGUAAAAGAAGACGGCCUGAGGCAGGAACACACAUGUGGAAUCCUGAAGAAGUUUGGAGAAAGGACCUUAAAGGCUCUGAAACUUGCUCAGAUAAGCCAAAAAUUCCCUAAAGCUGAUUUUGCUACUGUUAACAAACUAGUGAUGGACAUUGCUAACAUGCACAAGGACUGCUGUCGUGGAGAUAUGCUGGACUGUAUGCACGAUCGGGAAGAGAUUCUACACUAUGUCUGCACCAACCAAGACAUCCUAUCAAGUAAAAUCAAGAAGUGCUGUGAAAAGCCUCUGUUACAGAGAAGUGAAUGCAUAGUUAAUGCGGAAAAUGAUGACAAACCUGCAGGCUUGUCCCCCCACGUCAGGGAGUUUAUAGAAGACAAAGCAAUAUGUGAACGUUUUGCCCAGGAAAGAGAUAUGCACUUAGCCAGGUUUCUGUACGAAUAUUCCAGGAGACACCCUGAAUUUUCUGCUCAAAUGCUUUUAAGAAUUGGUAAAGGAUACGAGGACCUGCUGAAGGAGUGCUGCAAAGCCGGUGCUCCAGACAACUGCUGCAGCAGAGGGGAGGAAGAACUGAAGAAACAUAUUUAUGAAACUGAAAGCGUCAUGAAGACAAGCUGUGACAUUUACAAGGAGAAAGGAGAUUACUAUUUCCAAAACGAGCUUCUCAUGAGCUUCACCAAGAAGAUGCCUCAGCUGACAUCCGCAGAGCUGAUAAAAUUCACCAAGCAAAUGACUACAAUCGGCUCCAAAUGCUGCCAGUUAAGCCAGGACAAGCUGCUGCCUUGCGCCGAGGAAAACCUGGAUCUCGUGCUUGGAGAAAUAUGCCGAAGACACCUGACCGACCCCAUAAACCCAGGAGUUUGCCAGUGCUGUAGCAGCUCCUAUGCUUUCCGGAGGCCGUGCAUGGGGAAACUGGAAGUGGAUGAGAAUUACGUGCCCUUAUCCUUGACUCCUGGUCUGUUCACUUUCCAUGAAGAUUUGUGUACGACUGAAGAGGAGAAGUUACAGCACAAGAAGCAGGAAAUGCUCGUCACCCUCAUCAAAUACAAGCCCCAGAUCAGCCAGGAGCAGCUGACCUCCGUCACGGCCGCCUUCACUGCCAUGAGGGAGCGCUGCUGCAGAGAAGAAAACCGCCAGGCGUGUUUCGGGCAAGAGGGUCCAGAACUUAUAAAAAGAAGUGAAAAACUGUUGUCGGCAUAAAGCGCUUGCGCAGCACAGUGGAAGAUACCUGCUGAAUGAUGGGAAGUCUCACAAACUCAACAGGGAGUGUAUCUUUGCUAAAAGUUCCUGACAUAUAAACAGGAACAGAUGAUUUGUCACAGCGGAGAAAACAAAGUUGUGGCUCUUUACUCACAAAUCUAACCAAGUCCCGACUGUUUGCACCAGCUGCAGCUCUGCCACCGUCCCAUCUGCCGCCACGAACAAGGUAAACGCGGUGCCUCCCAAUGAAACAUCCAACUCCCGCAUAGGAUCCGCUGAGCCCGGAUCUGAACCUGGACCCCGCUGGGACUGCGAGCUGUAAACCCGGAUGCGCGCAGCGCUCAGCUUACCUGCAAAUUAAAUGUCUUCGCUCAUCUUAUCCCAAUGGGGGAGAAACCCAUAGGCAAACGCCUCCUUCCUGGCUCCUAUCACUGAUUCAAAAUGAUCAAGAACACAAAAUUUACACCAAUUGAACUCAAAGCCAGUUUAAGCGCGGGGCGAGGGGUGCAGCACCUUAAAGAAAUCCACUGGAAGAAUAAGUUCAAUGGAUGAAAAUUCAGGGUUGAGCUGUGGCCACCGUCUUACAUUAUGGAAUAUUAUUUUGCUUAUACCAAAUAAUCACACAUAAAAAAAAAAAAAGGCAGGCAUUUUAAAUCUUAAGCUUAUGAACCAUAAGCGCAAAUGAGAUCAAAUUAAGAAAAUCUGCCUGUAACCACUUCUAAAUUAUUUUUCAAUCACCAAAUAAUUAUUUUUGCAUUUUUAUAGCACUGUCCUUGAAAGACAACACACGUACUCAGUAAUUGGGCUGCUCUUGGGGAGUUGUAGAGUUGCCUUUAAGCACAGAAAAAGAUGAAAAAUGAGCAAAAUGCGAUGGAAAGGGCAGAGCAGGAGCUGCUGCCACAGCGGCUCGGCAGAGCAACGCUCAGAGAAAGCCCCGGGAGGCUGCCAGACCCACACUCCAGGGCUUGACACAGAAGCAGCUUUUGGGUUUUUACUUUCUUUUUACCUUAAAAGAAAUUAGAAGGCAUGUUAAAAAUCAUAUGUCAAAACCAGUACUAAAAUAAAGAAAUGUUUUUUCUGGAAACCUUUGGCUCGAAGGAAGAGACACCCGAGUACCUGAUUCCUUCAGUGGACGAACCGAGCAGCAAUUAUCCACGAGGUAUUUGUUAAUAUCUGUACGAUAAAAGAAACGUUGCCCAAACAGCUUGCAAUCAGACCAGCAGGGAGAAGGUUUCAGACUCAGGUUGGAGAACUUGACCAAACCGAGUCCCAGCAGGACCUGUCCUGCGUACGCGGCUGGGCAAUGCUUUCAUUAAGGCUAUAAAUAAAGAGAAGAAAAACCUUUCGUUAGACAGGUGGCUGCCAGCAAGACGGAGACACGCCGCUGUGAAUCCCUUCGCAGCAUUUCUGUGUCAAAAACAGUUUGGCAAAUUAGAGAAACUGCCUAGAAGAAAAACCAGCUACGUUCUGUGAGGCCAAAUUUGCCAGACACCGCAGGAAGGACGAAGCAGCUGCGCCCUUCCAGUGGAGGGAGCUGGGCGGUAACAACACCCUUAGAACGAAUCGCACACUGACAGAGCGUCGCCAGCCCUUUGCUGACAAUUAAAGUCCGAGUUCGUGCUCGUGUGUCGGGGGUACAAGCACAACCUCAGAUAAAACAGAAUCAGGAGCUGUGUCACACACGGGUCACGGUUCCAUUUUCCCCACCUCUGCUAAGGACUUUGCCGGAGCAUUGGGAGAAAUCUCGGGUACCUGGAGAGCAUUUCAGUGAAAAGAGAACAAGGGUAACAGUCAACGAUCCAGAAAACACGAAAAAGAAAGCUAAAAUAGACUGGGAGUGCCUGGUAUCAUGAGCAAGGCUGCAGGGACUUGGAAACCUUCAUAUGCCAAAAAACACUGAUCCCAGGGCAAACAGCAGCCAGUGGGUGCCUGGGAAGGGGAACAAAACACCAGGAUCAUCCAUCGGGGCAAGGUGGGGAGCUGCCGGAGACACACGGACACGCAACAAGCUGCACCCGAGCAGCCGCGCUGACUCCGGUGCCAAACCAAGGGCUGGGGGGGCACCACGGGCUUCUCUCCGCACGGGGUUUUCUCAGGAGUUUGUGUUCCGAUUAAGAUCAGUCUGCUGGAAUUUGGGGGGUGAUUUGGGUUUCCAGCUGUUUUUAGAAACCCUGUGCUGAGGUGAGAUUUUUCUCCUGGAGGAGGUGGGCAGCACAAGCUCAGGUGAGAUCCGUACUCCAAUUCCUGUCUCUGUGGUCCAUGGCUUGGGCUCUGAACUCAAAUGCAACCCCCCUUUCCUCUGUCUCCUCUGUUUUCCAUUGCUGUGUAACCUUGAAUACCCAAUAAUGAUUUGGAAUAAAUUCUUCCCCUGUUCGUGGCUGUAUUUGUCUGAAACAACUCAUUUCAACGAGCACAGGGCUCACAAGAACCAAGGCCACGGCAGGCACCGCUUGAUUCCAGUAGCCCUUAAACCCAGCAGACUCCGGGCCCCCGUGCCAGGCUCCGUACUUCUUUUCCAGCAUCUUUCAGCCCCAGUUCAGCAGGACAAGUGAAAUAAAAACAAUUCAAGGAUUUAACAUCAGGUGGUGGCAAAAAAUGGCUCAGUUUAGGAAUUGUGUACAUAAAGGUACUUGAAAACAUUUCCUUUACCAUACGGUCUGUGCGUUGCUUUGUCUUUUUAUCACAGCCCAAAGAAUUCUAUUUCAUAUUGCAAUAUUUUCACACUGCACCUUCAGACAUUUUACACAACAGAAUGUUACAGAAACAGCCUCUUCUGCAUAAAAAUACUUACCAUUUCCUAGUGGGCCCAGA